AUGGACAUCGAGAAUGACCUUGGCAACUUUCACGUCCACUAUGUUGCCAUGUUGUCAAAGAGACAGGACGCCGUUCCCUUGUUGUUGCUUCAUGGUUGGCCAGGUAGUUUUCUGGAGUUCUUGCCCAUGCUCGACAAGUUGCGCAACAGAUACAGUCCUGACGAUCUGCCAUAUCAUCUUGUGGUUCCAUCUUUGCCUGGCUACGCUUUUUCAAGCCCUCCUCCUCUCGACAAAGACUUUGGGAUUGAAGACGUCGCGAGGUUGAUGAAUCAGCUUAUGCUCAAUCUGGGCUUCGGAGCCGGGUACAUGGUGCAGGGUGGGGAUGUUGGAAGUAAGGUCGCCAGAGUGAUGGCAGCAAAGCAUGAUGAAUGCAGGGGUAAGCACCUCUCCAUUCCUCAAUCGAGAUACUGCUAA